AUGACGGGGGACGCCGUCUUGGACGGCCUCAUGGAGGUCUUCCCGCAGGUUGACUUCUCGACACUGAUAGAAGUUUCCAUACAGUUCAAGGAUGACAUUGAUGCGGCUGCAGAUUAUAUCGUCCUGAAUGUCGUCCCAAAUAUUGUCCAAGAGCCCAGUCAUCAAAACAUAAAUGAGGAUUUGCAUAUUCAUGGAAAUCAGCAGGCAUUUGAUGACACAAAUACACACUUAGGGCUUGAUUCGUUUGAUAACAAAACAAAUUCAAAUUCUGUACAGUUUGACCUGUCCAACAAAACCUCAGUUGAACAGGAAGAUAUCCUCACUGGAUUAUGUCCUGAAGUUUUUGAUGUUCCAUCAACAUCUGGUCAGAAUUGCAUAUCUGAAGAGUUCAGUUCUGGUUCUCUGCUAGUUGGUUCUCUGAUGCAAAACACCUAUUCCGAGAGAAACUCUGAGCUUUCAUCCUCUGGAGGUGAUAUGUCACUGCAUGAUGAUGCUUCCCCUCAUGUGACUGUACAAUCAAGCAAUUCUGUUAACCUCGAGUCUCUUGAUGAUGUCAUUGCCAAUGAACAUUACAAAAAGAAUGCCCUGAUGUCAAAUGUCGUUGCAAUAAGUGAAAUGCUACAGGAGGUAGAAAUAAAUGAAGAAAAUACAAAACGUGCUAUUUCAGAAGCAAGCCAAGCUGGUAAUGAUGUUCUUGUAAAGGUUGAGGAACUAAAAGAGAUGACAACUCUUGCAGUUGGAGAAAACAACAAGGUGGAAGGGGAGAUUUUUGCUGAAAAAUCUAUUCUAGCAGCAGAAGCACAGGAGCUUCAAUGUCGGUUGUCCAACAUUUCUGAAGAAACAAAAAGUUUUGUGCUGGCUAUCGAUAAGAUGCAAGAUACUCUUCAAAGAAGACUUGCUGCUGCAGAAGCAGAAAGAGCAGCUGCUGAGAAGGCAAAGCUUGAAAGAGAAGCAUCAGCUCAGAAAAGUCUUAAUGAACAGGAACUCCUUCUUGAAGCAGCAAAGAACAAGUCUAAGAGGUUGGAACAGGAAGCACAGGAGAACGCAAAGCUGAGAGAGUUACUGACAGAGCGAGGACAUGUUGUGGAUGCAUUGCAUGUGGAAAUGCUUGGAAUCUUUGACAGCAUAACAAAGCUUAAGCUAAGAGUGGAUAUUCAGAUUCCAGUUGAUGAACAAUGGCAACAUAUUUCAUUUAGAUUGUCUUCGUCCAGCUUGGCUGUUGAGGAGCCAGUGCAACAACUUCCAUUUGUCUCGGCUAGCUCAGCUCUUGAUGAACAAUUGCAACAAAUUCCAUUGAUCUUGUCAAGGUCUACUGUUGAUGAAGCACUGCAACAAGUUCCACCAGUUUUGUCUUGCUCGGCUUCUGAUGAACAACUGCAAGUAGUCUCACCGAUCCUGUCUAGCUCCACUUUUGAUGAACCGCAGCAACUAGUUUCACCGAGAUUGUCUAGCUUGGUGAGAUCAGCAAGAUCCACAAGCAGUUUGGGUGAAUCAUUCACAUCUAAAUGCAACUGGUCAUCUGCUCUGGAACCUAGGAUUGAUGAUGUUUCUUAUGCCAGUUUUGGCUUAGACGAUAGUUGGGAUGUAGUCGAUGAUGACGAGACCAUGGAGUCCCCAGAUAGCAUACCCAUGCUGCUCUAG